ACACACACACACACAAAACAACAUUCUCACGAUGACACGACCAACAAGCUUAUCUCAAGGACCAGAUCUCAAGAUGCUACUCCCCCCCACACUCCAUACCAGCAUCUUCGACACUAAUACACCUUCCUACUGCCAGCAAGUGACGAUGUGGGGUACAAUCGCUCUGGCUGUGACUGUGUUGGUCAUUCUCUGCUGCAUGGCUAACUUCAGACCUUCUGGCUUCCCACAAGGACCUUUCGCCUUGCCUCUCCUGGGAAACAUUGUCUCUAUCCUCCUUUACAGCCCGCCGGUGGCGCUGCAGAAGUUCGCUGACAAGUAUGGAGGCAUUCUCAGCUUCAAGACCUUCGGUAGAUGGAAUGUGUUAAUCACUGACGUGGAGAUCAUGAAGACAGCGCUGGCCUCUUCUGUCUUCUCUGAUCGCAUUGAUUUGCUGCUCUUUGAUGUCAGAGACCAGAUCAUCAUGGGAGACAAAUGGGCUCGUCUAGGUAUCAUCAGCACCAGCGGGGAGGUGUGGAAGAAUCAGCGACGCUUCACGUUGAGGUCCCUGAAGGACCUGGGCUUCGGUCGCCAGAGUAUUGAACCCAUCAUGAGGAGCGAACUGGAGGACCUCCUGGAAUACUUCAGCCGAAGACAAGGCCAGAAACUGGACAUUGGACUGGUGUUCAACAAGAGCAUUGUGAACGUCAUCUGGGCCUUGGUUAUAGGCAAAAGGUUUUCCCACACUGAUGCUCGACUUCACCAACUAGUAGACAAGGUGAACAAGAUGAUCCAGUCCUUCAACCCCUUCCAUCCUGCGCUCCAAUGGCGUUGGUUUAAGAAGCUCUUCCCGAACUUGAAGAUCAUUCGGGAGACUGAAGGAUACAUGGUGGACUUUCUCAAGUUCAUUGAGGAGGAGAUGGCCCAGCACCAGCUGGAGACUGGCGGGGUGGAUGACAGCACCAGCUACAUCGGCGCCUACCAGCUGGAGAUGAAGGAGGCGGCGCAGGAGGGCCGGGAAACGCCCCUUACACUACCUCACCUUAAGGCCAACGUCCUGGAGCUGUUUCUGGCGGGAAGUGAGACGACCUCCACCAGUCUAUGGUGGGCCGUGUACUUGCUGGCCAGUAACCCGAAGGUCCAGCAGACCAUGCAGGAGGAGCUGGACCAGGUGGUGGGCCGCGAUAACCUGCCCACUUUGGACCACAUGGACAGCGUACCUUACACGACGGCUGCUAUCUACGAGGUGCAGCGGGUGGGGGACCUCGUCCCAAUCUCUAUCCCACACCAAACGUCCCAGGAUACUGUCCUUGGUGAAUACAAUAUCCCCAAAGGAACGUGCGUCUUGUUCAACCUGUCAGGCGCUCUGAAGGACCCCAGGUACUGGAAGCACCCAGAUAGGUUCUGGCCGGAACACUUCCUGACCCCUGAAGGGAAGGUCUUCAAGCCCGAGCCCUUCCUGCCCUUCGGCUCCGGUAAACGAGUGUGUCUUGGGGAGUCGCUGGCCCGUCUCGAGCUGUUCCUCUUCAUCACGACGCUGGUACACAAGUUCUCCUGGAGGCUCUCAGACGACCCCGUCGUCUGGCACAAGAGUAACAUCGUUACCCGACCACCUUCCUAUACAGUCGUCGCUACUAGCAGGAAGGACGACCCCACACCCACCCUCAAGCGAUAAGAUGGUGGUGCAUUGUUUCAGGCGUAGGUUACACGCCUGAAAUAAUCCAUAUAUCCGCCCGAAACGCUGUGCUUACUAUAGUGGCUUUACAAGAAUGUAAACACAUAAUGCUAUGUACUCUCAUAAACCCAAUGUAACUUCGUGUAUAUAUAUAUAUAUAUAUAUAUAUAUAUAUAUAUAUAUAUAUAUAUAUAUAUAUAUAUAUAUAUAUAUAUAUAUAUAUAUAUAUAUGGUAUCCCUAUUGUCACUCAUUAUACUUUAUACACUCGAUAUACUUGGCCAAUAUACUUUCAGUAAUGAGGAAAUGUUAUAGCAAUGAACUGGGAUUGAACAUGCGUCUCUGCACUCUCCAGAAACAGUCAAAGACGAGAGUUCAAUCCCAUCACAUUGAAAUAUUUCCUUAAAUACAUCACAUUAUCUUUUUUUGUAUUGCCUAUAGAUAUCCAUGGAUAUCUUGGUAAGCUGUGGGGAAAAGAUACCAUGUCUCUUCUAUCAAAUUCAAAGUAAAGAAAGAAAAGGGUAAUUCUAUCCUAUUCCUCUAUGUAACUUUAAAGUCUCCUCUAAGUAACUUUGUGUAAGGUUCGGCCAGUGGAUAAGGCCGAUCAAAAGCCCAAUUAUUUAUUUAUUAUUUAUUUAUUUAUAUACAAGAAGGUACAUUGGGUUUGUGAGAAUACAUAGCAUAGUAUUUACAAUCUUGUAAAGCCACUAGUACGCGCAGCGUUUCGGGCAGAAUCAAUUAUGAAUCAGUCGGUUAAGCACAGUUGUACAUGGGUCAGCAACUGGCAGGGUGACUAUGUAAACAGCUUCACCUUUGGCUAGGAAAAUCUCGAGUUAAAAUAACCAACAACUAUUCCAUGAAGAAACCCACAAGAGCCGUGACGAGGAUUCGAACCCGCGUCCAGAAUCGCUCGGGGGGCAUUCUCCAGAUACCUAAGUCACUGGUAAAAAUUAUAAUAAACAUAGAAAUUGGAUGUCGUCGAUGGUAAACUUAAAUAAAAUUGGCGAGAU